ACGGGAGUUUCGAAGCGUUAUAGGAAAAAGGCCGCCGUGGCCGCUCUCAGGUUCCUCUCUGCCAGGUUGCUCUCUGCCUCUCUGCCUCGAUGAUCGCAUGUGAUUCGAAUUGUCGUCGAAAAAAAUCGAGAUAAAUCGAGCUGCGAGCCGAAAGUCAUCGUGAUGAUCAUUCCUGUGCGGUGCUUCACCUGCGGCAAAGUGAUUGGAAAUAAAUGGGAGGCAUAUCUGGGACUUCUUCAAGCGGAGUACACCGAAGGAGAUGCCUUGGAUGCACUGGGUCUGAAAAGAUACUGCUGUCGCAGGAUGCUGCUUGGACAUGUAGAUUUGAUUGAGAAGUUACUUAACUAUGCACCACUGGAGAAAUAAUUUUAACUGUUAUGCUGUUAAUAGGCUUGACCAAUCAUGAGAUACCUGGUAUACAUAAUUUAAUUUUAUAUGUUGAAACUGAGCAAAGUACGAUCAAAAUUGCUCUAUUGUUUAGUCUUAACAUUGUACAUUCUAAUAUAAUUAUGUGAUACAUAUAUCUCCUAUGUAAGAGAAGAGUAAUUAAAAGAAUAUUUCAUUUGUAGAACAUUUAAA